UCACUUCCCCCCGGCGGAUGUCCAAUCGCGCCGGAUCCUCACACAAGUCCAUGUGUGGUUCUUUUCACUUCCCCCCGGCGGAUGUCCAAUCGCGCCGGAUCCUUUACAAGUCCAUGUGUGGUUCUUUUCACUUCCCCCCGGCGGAAGUCCAAUCGCGCCGGAUCCUCACACAAGUCCAUGUGUGGUUCUUUUCACUUCCGCCCGGCGGAUGUCCAAUCGCGCCGGAUCCUCACACAAGUCCAUGUGUGGUUCUUUUCACUCCCCCCGCCGGAUGUCCAAUCGCGCCGGAUCCUCACACAAGUCCAUGUGUGGUUCUUUUCACUUCCCCCGGCGGAACUCCAAUCGCGCCGGAUCCUCACACAAGUUCUUGUGUGGAUUUUUCCAUUUCCCCCCGGCGGAAGUCCAAUCGCGCCGGAUCCUCACACAAGUCCAUGUGUGGUUCUUUCCACUUCCCCCCGGCAGAAGUCCAAUCGCGCCGGAUCCUCACACAAGUCCAUGUGUGGUUCUUUUCACUCCCCCCCGACGGAUGUCCAAUCGCGCCGGAUCCUCACACAAGUCCAUGUGUGGUUCUUUUCACUUCCCCCGGCGGAACUCCAAUCGCGCCGGAUCCUCACACAAGUCCAUGUGUGGUUCUUUCCACUUCCCCCCGGCGGAAGUCCAAUCGCGCCGGAUCCUCACACAAGUCCAUGUGUGGUUCUUUACACUUCCCCCCGGCAGAAGUCCAAUCGCGCCGGAUCCUCACACAAGUCCAUGUGUGGUUCUUUUCACUUCCCCCCGGCGGAAGUCCAAUCGCGCCGGAUCCUCACACAAGUUCAUGUGUGGAUUUUUCCAUUUUCCCCCGGCGGAACUCCAAUCGCGCCGGAUCCUCACACAAGUCCAUGUGUGGUUCUUUCCACUUCCCCCCGGCAGAAGUCCAAUCGCGCCGGAUCCUCACACAAGUCCAUGUGUGGUUCUCUCCAAUCCCCCCGACAGAUGUCCAAUCGCGCCAGAUCCUCACACAAGUCCAUGUGUGGUUCUUUUCACUUCUCCCCUGCGGAACUCCAAUCGCGCCGGAUCCUCACACAAGUUCUUGUGUGGAUUUUUCCAUUUUCCCCCGGCGGAACUCCAAUCGCGCCGGAUCCUCACACAAGUCCAUGUGUGGUUCUUUUCACUUCCCCCCGGCAGAAGUUCAAUCGCGCCGGAUCCUCACACAAGUCCAUGUGUGGUUCUUUCCACUUCCCCCCGGCAGAAGUCCAAUCGCGCCGGAUCCUCACACAACCCAGGUAACCACUAAGCACUGUUCUGAGCAUUAUAACGGCCAUUAAACAGCUUUUCAGUGUGUAACGGGACAGGGAAGGGAAGAUAAGGUUCGGAAGGAACAAUCUCCACUUAAGCGCCAGGUGGAUUCGAGGUUCCACCGUGAAGAUGCGUGUCCAAAAUCUCUAGAAAUGUCCCGUACCCGGCCAGGAAUCCUCAGGGCGAGUCCUUUCUUCAAACCUAAACCCGCUUUCGAAACCUCAGCACGACCAAAAACCAAACCGAAAGAAUAACUAUUAGAAAAAAAUAUUUACAAUUCACAGGGUGGGUUGGUUACCAUGUGGAUUUCCUUCCCAGAGCCUAUUCUACCGUACGAAGCUAACCACCGAUCUGAGUUGAACUCCCUCUUUCACUAAAACCGUCAGAAACUACUAGAUUGGAAACCACUGCUCAUUUACGUUCAUGGCAUGCAUUUAUUUUCUCGACUUAUGCAUUGACUCACUAAAACAAACUCGAGUUCAAUUGUUCAAUUCGACCAUCAUUGUACAUUUGGGGGUUUAGGAUUAGGUUAGUAGUUUACAAUUGGGAAGAUCUUACUUGUAGGUUCACUUCCGGAAGUCGCAGCGGUAUCCCCCGGAGUCCAGCGGUGGUAAGUGCACUUACUGUGGUGAUGGCGUGAUUCGGACCGCCACGUGACGAGCUCGUUUCGCUGAUACACUUUUUGGUCGGGAACGUGUGACCUCCCGCGGCUUGUAUGCAACUUCUUGCGUGCUAGAAACCGCUAUUCGCCAUCUGUCCGGUUUCGCUUGAACUAACGCGACGACAGCCUGGCCACACCACGUGGUGAAUUUCUGGGGUGCUCGUCGUGGCUAUGAUGUUGCUCUUUAUGUUGCCGGAAUUAUGUACGGUUGCACGGUCACGGCCUCAUCGGCAUAAGAGUACACACGCGCGACAAGUAUCGUUGGUGUUAUCACGAUGAGUCCACUAGCACGGCCCUAGGGUGGUACCCUCGUUUGAAGGGAUCUUCAAACGAUUUCACAUUAGAUAUGUUUGCUAAUUACCAAAAGUGUUACAAAAGUUACCUGUUCGUGUGGUUACGGCCGUUUUACAAUAAUCGUUCGAAAUUAUUUAGGCUGGCUUCUAUUUCACCGACUUGGUUCUAUUACGCAAUAUGGCUUCUGCCUAACCAUGAAAGAAAGCACACUAUUGUAUUGGAGUUUACAGGUUUUAGAAUAGGUAUCUUACUGUCGAUCCACGUGUUCAAUUCUCCCUUUUGGGAUUUUUUUUAGAAUUGUGUUUUCACUGCAAAUUUUACAAACUAGAAAAUUUAAUUAGCAUAAUUUCCUGUUUUUCUACAAUAGUUAAACUUUACUUUUCCUGUAAUCCAAGCACUGCACUCUAUUCUAUGCUUCUAGCUUUCACUAUCGGACUCUAAUCACUUUUACAACUUGGCACUGCCACUUAUGACUUGUUCCAACGAGGGUUGAAAUUAAAGAGAACCUUCAACUCAAUUUCUAUAUUUCAUGUACCUAAACGUCUAAACCCGAGUACAUUCGUUCGGCUCCCUUCGGGGCUUCAAUUCCGAAUUUAGGUAAAUGUUUGAACUUCGAAACUCAAUUAGUGGAUCCUGCAAUAACAAUCCAGAGACCUGGAACGCAUGAUUCGUUUUUUUUUACAGUGGAGGCUGAUUAUUGAAACCAAUGUUUUUUUGUUUCAAAUUAUGAUUUUUUUUUUAUAAGGAUGUUAAAGGAUUUUGUAACCGCGUUACAUUACUCCCUACCACCGGUAAAAAAAAAUAAAUGAAGUUCACUGAAUUUAUUUUUUUUUUAUAAAAAUAAAACAGUUUGUUUCUAUUAAUAUUAUUUUAAUUAGUUUUAAUUUAUCAAAACGGAUGUCCAAACUCAGAAAUUAGUACUAUAUUUAAACCAAACUUUUCAUUACUGUUGAACUUUAAACACAAAUUUAGUUGAUUUUAAAUUGUUGCUUAACUGAUAAAACGGAUGUUCAAACUCAGAAGAUAAUUAUAUAUUUACACAAAAAUACCAUUUAACUUUUCUCUAUGUAGCUCUGUCAUACCGGAAUACCACUUUCACAAAAUUUGUACUUCAUUUUAUUUACGUCUUUUUCAGACACGUCCUAGUACGUCUAGAACUAUACUGCGUGUAAGCUAAACCCACACAAAAUCUCCGCUUAGGAGUUGUCAAGAGCAUUCUCGACCAUAUUCUACCAAACCAAUUUGCUGUCUUAUGUACUGUUCAGAAUAAUCCGAACAAAAAUCUGUUACUAAUUAUUUCCCAAAACCUGCCUACUGACAAGCCAACUAGAACAUUUUAGUUCCAAAUGACAUCAACUAUUAUGGUACCCCUUUUUGAGAGCCGCUACUGUAACUACGACCGCAUCAACCUACGACCACUAAAACGAUAAGUUUGAGUUUGACGUUUCUUUACGUCAUCUAUUAUGUUUUGAUUAUAUGCUGCUAUUGGAGUGAAAUUGACUUGAUCUGAUACGGCAAAGCAAUGUUCCUGAAACUAAUCAAUUUUAUUGGAUAAUUGGAUCGGGAAUUGGUGAGAAACUUGUACUAGUGAACCGGAUUUAACCUAGAUGGAGCUGAAUUCAAAAAGAACGGAAAAAAGUACGUUACCCAUCAGCCCUGGGCCGGUUCUUCGAGACGCAAAGAGGAGAUUGCUCGUAGUUCUAACGCUGUUUUUGGAGUCAAUCCCUCUUGCCAUACUCGGUGUUAACAAACUCUCUUCGUACUCUGGGUCAACGAUAUCUAUCGAGAGCACAGCCCGUGACAGAGCGUCUGCCGUGAUGUUAAGCGACCCCUUCCGGUACAGUAGCUCAAAGUCGUACUGCUGGAGCUUCAGGGCCCACCGAAUCAGUUUUGCCGACCCUCCUUCGGCACUUAUCUUCCGAAGCCAAAUUAGACUCUGGGCAUCAGUCACCACUGUGAAGCGGGACCCCUCUACAUAUUGACGAAACUUUUGAAUGGCCAGAAUGACUCCAAGGCAUUCUUUUUCCGUCGGCGCAUAUUUUCGUUGGGUCGCUGACAGCUUUUUAGAGAAAAAUGCUAUCGGUCUCUUUGUUCCGUUGAUGACCUGAACGAGAACGGCGCCUACUGCGACAUCUGAGGCAUCCGACUCAAUAAUGAAGGGGGCUCUGAAAUCCGGGUUGGCCAACACAUUUGGAGAGGUAAGUACCGACUUAAUCUUCAAAAAUGCUGCGUCGGCUUCUUUCGACCAACAUAUUUUCCCCUUUUUCCCUUUCAAUAACUCUGUGAUGGGAGCGGUUAAGUCACUGAAAUGAUCAAUGAAUUGCUUGUAAAAGCUGACCAUGCCGAUAAAUCGUCUUACUUCUUUAGGAGUCUUUGGAAUAGGGUAAUCUAAGAUUGGUUGGAUUUUGGAGCUGUCUAUAGCUAAACCUUGUUCGGACAAGGUGUAGCCCAAGUAGCUAAUUCUUCUUUGACAGAAUUUUGACUUUUCCAAACUAAUUGUUAAAUUAGCUUGUCUUAAUCUCUCAGCGACUAGUCUUAGAAGGCGGAAAUGUUCUUUCAGGGAAUUUGAAGUAAUAAUUAUGUCAUCUAGAUACACGUAAACAUACGGUUCUAGGUCAAUCCCAAGCACUUUGUUCAUUAGCUUAGUUUGGGUUGUUGGGGCCCCUUUUAGGCCAAAAGGCAUGACCUUGAAUCGGAAUAGAUUCUUGCCUGCCCUGAAAGAAGUAUAAUCCCGACUCGAUUCCUCAAGAGGAAUCUGCCAAUAUGCCUUUGAAAGGUCAAUGACUGUGAAAUAUUUGGAUCUUUCUAUUCUGCCGAGAAUACCUAACAUGUCCGGGUAGGGAUAUGCUUCAUUCUUGGUCGCAUCGUUUAUUCGCCGACAAUCUAGGCAUAUUCUCCACUCUCCUGAAGAUUUUUUCACGGGCAGCAAUGGAUUACACCAUUCUGCGGUUGAUUCCUCGAUAACAUCAAGUUCUAACAUCCUCGCUACCUCUUUGUCCACCUCCUUUUGGAUAUGUGGAGAACAUCGGUACUGAGGUGGUUUUUUCGGUACAGCCCCUUCUACCAAAUCAAUUUUAUGGCAAAUUAGGUUUGUUCUUCCUAGUUUACCUUUGUUAGUCGUUUUAAACAGUUCAAUAAUCUGAUCUAGUUCAUUCCGUUCAUUAAUUGAUAGGUCAUGCUCUGUAACAAUGUCUAGAUCUCCUUUAUUUCCAGGUUCAUCUAGAAAGGGUAGGUCCAAGCUAGUAUCCUCGAUCUCCUCUUCAUUGGCCGCGUUAAUUUCUUCCCCAGGUUCAACUGUGAAAACGAUCGUCUCUUCCAUAUCGGCAUAAAAGUUUUCUAUCAUAUUGAUGGCGUUUCCUUCUUGAUUGUUAAUUAUUUGAAUCGCCUUACCUUCCACAAACGCUGGGGCAAUUUUAAAUGUAUCCCAAAAGUCCAUUCCAAGGAUGAGUUUUUUUGAAAUUUGAGGAACGAGUAGGGUCGGAACAAUGUUAGUUAGCCCAUUAAAUGUGUAAGGUAUUUGAACAACUCCUUCACAUUUAUAAGCUGUCUCAUCAGCUGUCUUUAUGGUUAAAUUGAUAGGGUGGAUUUUAAAUCCAUGUUUGUUUACAAGUUCACGAGAGCUUAGAAUACUUACGCUUGCUCCCGAAUCUAACAACGCAAUCAUUUUACUCCCCAGUAUCUCCACAUGAACAUAUGGACAUCUGUUCGGUUUUGUAUGAAUGUAAAACGUUGUUGCAUAUUUUGAAAACGGUUGCUCAAGACCGACAUUAUUCUCGUUUUUGCAUUCCGGGGAGUUUCUAAGUGGGGCAGAAAGAUUCCUCCCUACAAUCUUUCUGAAUUUUCGUUUCCCUGUUGAUCCACUGGAAAACGAUGGUUAUUGGGACAAUUUGCUGUGACGUAAUUCAUCUGUCCACAGUAGUGGCAAAAAAUUUUCUUUUGUUUGUUGCAGUUACGCCAAAAGUGGCCGUACUGCCGACAAUUCCAGCACAAAACAUUGUCUUCGCCCUCUGGGACCUUUUGGUUAAUUGUGUUCGUCAUUUCCUUCGUUCUUUGCAUAGCUUUAUUCUUACGAAUGGCCUGUCCAAUAGCAUUAACCUCCUCUUCUACGUAUUCUUCAUCUUCCCAGUUCUGUUCGCCCUCUUCAACGUUAUUGACUUGGUGUAUUCUGUUCCUAGGAUAUGUACCAUAAUUUCGGUACAUGGAUUUGUCCAGUUCAUGACAUACAGCUGUAAGUUCAUCGAUACGUUCAAUUCUGUAGAUAGUUAGAAAUGGCUUGUAACAGUCUUUCAUAUUUUCUUUAAGAAUAUCGAGUUUACGCUCCUCUGAUAAGGGUUUUGUCAGUUGUUGUGCCAGUUUCUCAACUGCUGACAAAAAAGCAUUGAACGUUUCAUUAGGUAAUUGCCUCCGAUCCAAAAUUUGGCGUUCGAUCACCUUGUCCUUAUUGGGCUGCUCGAAACGCAAUCGUAACUGAUGCUUAAAUCUUGCCCAAGUCGUAAACUUGUGGCAGAACGUAAAAUACCAUUCCUCAGCCUCCGAAUUUUCUUUAAAAAAGAAAUUUGCCUGGCUCAAUAGUUCCUGAUCCGUUAUUUUAUUAUUUCUUGCUAGUAUUUCUACUUUGUUCAAGAACUGGGUCACUGUGGGUCCUCUUGAAUCCCCACUGAAAUUUAUUCGCCACUUACUUACUGGCACUUGCCAGCGAGCUCGUGGGUCACCAUUUGGUCGGAUCAUUUGUUCAGGUUCGCGUUCGACGUUUCCCGCAAAAGAAACGUGUGACGCAAUAGAGUUUGGGUAAACUCUCUGAAACUGUUCUUGGCGGUCAGGGUGUCUGUGCAUUUGUGGUGGCGGAGUUACUGGCGGUGGUGGUGGUAGUGGAGGGGAAGGAGGAGGUACUGGUGUUGAUGCCCUCUGAUUAGCUAGCAUCGGGGUCAACUUCUCCAUCAGCGCAGACAUCUGCUCUGACAACGCUUGUUGUAUGUAGCGAUUUAUUUCUUCCUUCCAAUGAUCCCCUUGAACCGCCGCUGGGUUACCAAUACCACUUUGGUUUUUCCUAUAUGGUAACAGUGGUUCACGAUUUGUCUCUUCGCGUCUCUGUGAGUUUUGACGAAACUCUGCGAAAAGCAAAUCCAGCUCUUCCUCAAUACUCCCUGAUGACUCGCGUCCGCCAGCCGCUUCAUCCAGUAACCCUGACUCUCUUUGUUCAUUUGGAUUCGGAACCUCUAUAUGUUGCUUGGACAUUUGAGCCGAACGAGCCACUCCUGGUAUAUCCGAAAAAUUAAGAAUCGAUUUUUCAUUAGACUCGUGCUGUUCCUUCGGUUCAGGAACAGCCGACAUACUCAUGUGCACAUUAGGAGGCAAUUGGCUACCUCUCCGGUCUAACGGAUUACCGUACCGAUCUAACAAGUCCUCAAUCUCCGUUAAGAAUUCAUUUUUCAAUCUACCUUGCUCCCUGGUUACAGCAUUUGCCCUAAUAACUCUCAGUCUACAAUGUCUUAGACGGGAGAUAAACUUCGAUUCCGGGUAAAACUGAAUAGCGUGUUUUAUAUCUUGUACCUUUUCCCUAAUCGCAUCAUAUUCUUGAGCUAUUGAUACUUUGGAUCGAAGAACCUUUGGCUUACGAACUUCUUCCAAUUGAGCAUGUUUUAGUCUCUGUCGUUUUAUCUCUAGCGAACCAUCAAUCGGCAAACAUCUUAGUUUCAGUUCAUAGUCAAUUUCAUCAUUUAGUAGGUCGUUAGGGUUUAUGUAAUAGUCAAUUCUAUCCAUUUCUUGAGAAUUCAUUUUACUAAUGUUAUAUUCUAUUUUACAGGUUUUCUAUAACAGCUGAUAGGCUCGAAUGUUUCAGCAACUUAGUUAAUUAACGAAAAAAAUGUGUACAAAUAAAAAAAGAAAAUAUAUAUGGUAUGUGUGUAUGUAGUAUUCCAAAAUAAGUAACUUAAAAAAUAAGAAAAUUCAAAAUCAAAAUCCGAAAAGCUACCAAUUCUUAACUUCACAAACUCAAUACUAACCCAUCAAUUAAGCAAACAAUCAAAUUCAACUAAAACUUAUCAAAUUCAGUACUUACGAUCUAUUAUUUACAGAUUACUCAACAAAACCGUUGGUUGGGCGCCAAAUGUAACGGGACAGGGAAGGGAAGAUAAGGUUCGGAAGGAACAAUCCCCACUUAAGCGCCAGGUGGAUUCGAGGUUCCACCGUGAAGAUGCGUGUCCAAAAUCUCUAGAAAUGUCCCGUACCCGGCCAGGAAUCCUCAGGGCGAGUCCUUUCUUCAAACCUAAACCCGCUUUCGAAACCUCAGCACGACCAAAAACCAAACCGAAAGAAUAACUAUUAGAAAAAAAUAUUUACAAUUCACAGGGUGGGUUGGUUACCAUGUGGAUUUCCUUCCCAGAGCCUAUUCUACCGUACGAAGCUAACCACCGAUCUGAGUUGAACUCCCUCUUUCACUAAAACCGUCAGAAACUACUAGAUUGGAAACCACUGCUCAUUUACGUUCAUGGCAUGCAUUUAUUUUCUCGACUUAUGCAUUGACUCACUAAAACAAACUCGAGUUCAAUUGUUCAAUUCGACCAUCAUUGUACAUUUGGGGGUUUAGGAUUAGGUUAGUAGUUUACAAUUGGGAAGAUCUUACUUGUAGGUUCACUUCCGGAAGUCGCAGCGGUAUCCCCCGGAGUCCAGCGGUGGUAAGUGCACUUACUGUGGUGAUGGCGUGAUUCGGACCGCCACGUGACGAGCUCGUUUCGCUGAUACACUUUUUGGUCGGGAACGUGUGACCUCCCGCGGCUUGUAUGCAACUUCUUGCGUGCUAGAAACCGCUAUUCGCCAUCUGUCCGGUUUCGCUUGAACUAACGCGACGACAGCCUGGCCACACCACGUGGUGAAUUUCUGGAGUGCUCGUCGUGGCUAUGAUGUUGCGCUUUAUGUUGCCGGAAUUAUGUACGGUUGCACGGUCACGGCCUCAUCGGCAUAAGAGUACACACGCGCGACAAGUAUCGUUGGUGUUAUCACGAUGAGUCCACUAGCACGGCCCUAGGGUGGUACCCUCGUUUGAAGGGAUCUUCAAACGAUUUCACAUUAGAUAUGUUUGCUAAUUACCAAAAGUGUUACAAAAGUUACCUGUUCGUGUGGUUACGGCCGUUUUACAAUAAUCGUUCGAAAUUAUUUAGGCUGGCUUCUAUUUCACCGACUUGGUUCUAUUACGCAAUAUGGCUUCUGCCUAACCAUGAAAGAAAGCACACUAUUGUAUUGGAGUUUACAGGUUUUAGAAUAGGUAUCUUACUGUCGAUCCACGUGUUCAAUUCUCCCUUUUGGGAUUUUUUUUAGAAUUGUGUUUUCACUGCAAAUUUUACAAACUAGAAAAUUUAAUUGGCAUAAUUUCCUGUUUUUCUACAAUAGUUAAACUUUACUUUUCCUGUAAUCCAAGCACUGCACUCUAUUCUAUGCUUCUAGCUUUCACUAUCGGACUCUAAUCACUUUUACAACUUGGCACUGCCACUUAUGACUUGUUCCAACGAGGGUUGAAAUUAAAGAGAACCUUCAACUCAAUUUCUAUAUUUCAUGUACCUAAACGUCUAAACCCGAGUACAUUCGUUCGGCUCCCUUCGGGGCUUCAAUUCCGAAUUUAGGUAAAUGUUUGAACUUCGAAACUCAAUUAGUGGAUCCUGCAAUAACAAUCCAGAGACCUGGAACGCAUGAUUCGUUUUUUUUUACAGUGGAGGCUGAUUAUUGAAACCAAUGUUUUUUUGUUUCAAAUUAUGAUUUUUUUUUUAUAAGGAUGUUAAAGGAUUUUGUAACCGCGUUACAAGUGCUAAGUAGCUCUAUAUAAGCAUUCCUAAUGCUUAUAGGCACUAUAACCAGUAAGAACUAAAUUAAGCCCUGUAAGCCUAUAUAAAGCCUACAAGCUGUAAUGAAGUUUGUCAGUGCUGUCACAGGGCUUGGAGCACAUGACGUUUAUAUCAAUCAAAAUAGAUUUCGACCAAAACAGACUCGAGUCGGUCAUGAUCAAUACAUUUUAAACAUCCAUGUCGGACGGAAUUGACGAAACGGGAUUAUUUUUGUUGUUGGCAUGUUUAUCGGAAUGGGAUUGUUAAAUAGAUAAUGGAAUUUGGUUAUCUUGAUUAUUCCAUUUUUUUCAAUCAAGACAAACUCCAGCUCGUUUCCCUCUUCUUGUGAAACGUUUCCCGACCAUUUAUUGUCUAUCCGGUUGGAAUCAAGACAGUCAUUCAAUCAAAAAUUGCCAUUUUCUUGGUCCACAAGUGUCGCAACUGUUUCGCAUCUAGUGCGCUGUGUUGCUAAGAACAACGACAAGGAUGCGCACUACUUUUGACAUAAUUCAAAAACGUCGCGAGUUGGGUCGUGUCGCGACUUGAUUGUGCGCGGUCCGGUUUGGUGGCGGCCCGACAAUAUAUAAACAUUGCAUCUCCUGCAUCAAUUCCUGCGUUCGUCACCACCAACCUUACCACUGAAUCAUCCUUAUCCCAUAUCAUUUUCAACCCUCGAAAUGCCCAAACUAUUUUGUUUUUCAUGGUUUAAAUACUAGUUUGAUCACACCAUUCCCAUGGUGCAUUGGUGGAGCAGAUGAGAAAGGCAACGGAUUUGGACUUGAUCAGGAACUCGGAGGACAACAGCUAGAAUCUGGAUGAAGUAGCAAAAAAGCAACUUCAAUGGAAGCGAAGGAAGUUAGAAAAGAACAGAUGAUAAACAAUUUCUUUUUCUUUGUCUCACUUUUGACAACUUUCGCUCCAGAGACUUGGUACGAUAUUUUAAAGUUGGCCGUAUAUCAGCCGAAUAAUUCGCCAAAAGUGGCUUUUGAGCAGCUCUAUAAGAGGAUAUAGAACCAAUUAGCUCUGUUAGCCAGGUUCUACAUUCGACUAUAGAGCCGACUUAAUGCUAUUUUUACGGCUUAAUGGUUACUUGGGUUAAUAUCCGUACUACCCCAAACCGUGUGAUGCGCAUUGGCGCCACAGCCAAUGAUAAAAGAUUUGUUGUUUUCUUCACAGAAUUGAACAAAUGAUGCGAUCUCAGGAGGAGGUACCUCAGGAACAUCACCAGGAAAGUAAGCUGAAGCCACAGCGAUCUCAGUUUUACCCCUAAUGGUUGGUACCUCUAGAGGUACUGGUAGCUACCAUGACCGCAACAAUGUCCUUUCUGAUAAACUCUGUGAUAGGAUAGCUUUUUAACGUUUUGCGUACUAAGAUAGCGGUUCUGGGAGAAUCAUAAAAUAGUUUACUAUUUUGUGUCAGAACUCCAAGAAUCUUUCAUUUAUUGGACCAUGGCUCUUGAAUAAGCGCCACUUCCAGUCCUUCUUUUUUAAACCUUCGACUCAACACAGCAGAAGCACCUUUUGCGUGAUGAAGGUUUACCUGUACGAACUUAAUUCCUGCCAUAAAAAAAAUCAUUUACCCACUUUUAUUAAGCGUCGGAAUGGAGACGUAAGAAAAGUGGUCGAUUAUCCCGGAGACAAAUAAGGUCCACUGCGUCAUUCUAUUUAUUUAUUUAUUUCAUUUCGUCAACCAACGUAGACUAGUACAUUAUACAUAUACAUAUUUUUCUUAUUUCCUAAUACUAUAUUUAUGAAACACAUUGAAAAAUAUAUUUGAAAAAUUGAUUAAGUUAAGUAGUGUUUUGUUUUUUUAAGUGUUCCUUUUUCUAAUGGUACGAAAUUUUGCCUUGACAUGGUAAAGUCAAUCGUUUCGCAAUGUUUAUUAUAAGCAACCAUCAUGCGAUUUAUAGGCCCAAAUUUGGCGUAGUUUGUUCGGUGGUGGUUACUUGCGAAAAUAUUUCGACUUCUUAAUUGCCGAGUAGGUAUUGCAUUUUUUAUUCGUUGAUAGACUUUCGAGCAAAUCUUCGAAGAGAAAAAAUAAAUACACUCAUUGCACAAUUAUGGGUCACGCAAGGCACAAUCAUUUCAUAAUAUGAAUCGUUUUACAUACAAAAAUAAUACUUUCAUUAUUUUUAUUUUAUAUUCUCUUCAUUGAAACUCCUUUUUAUUGUUUUAUAUAGAAAUUUGCUUGUAAAAUUCAUUUUAGACAGUGAAAAUUACUAAAAUGUUGGUGGAUAAUGAAAACCACAAUAAUGGGUCAAAAUUGACUGUGUAACAAUUAUGGGUCAAUUUGUUGCCUAUUAUGAGUCACUCAAGAGGAAUUGGCUCAACAAUAAUGUUUUGUCUUUUUGUCUAUUUUUUCACUGAUUGAUCACUUAUUCUCGAUAAAUCAACUAAAGUAGAAUCUAAAACUGGUCUCAAACCUCUUAACGAUGCGUGUUUUCACGAUUUGGAAUUAAUUUUUCAAAAUUGGGACGAAAUCUUCAACACAACCACCGAUAAACGCCUAAAAGUAUGCAAUGCCCAUGUACGCAGAACUGUCAAUUUUAUGCUGCACAAAAAGUGACCCAUAAUUGUGUGAUUUUCGGUGUUCCUUGGCACAAUAAUGAGUCGCUUAAAUUUUGCCAGAAAUAAGCUGCAGUCACAUGAAUUUCUACAUUUAGAACGUUAAUUGGGUUCUUUAGGGGUAUCCGGAUUAUUUCAUAAUCGGAUUCUCCGCCCAAAAAUUAGUCGAAAUCUAAAAUUUCAUAAUUUUUGGACUCCGGGAACUAUUUUUAAAAUGCAUUUAAAGUUUGUAUGGGGAAAAUUUUUUGUUCGGGUCGAACUGUCACUUUAACGAUUGAACUGUCAUUCUGUCCACGAAAAUUAAAACUGUUUUGUUAAAUUACCCAUCAAAACAAAGGUGUUGGAAUCCAAUAAAUUCACGUUAUACUCAGAAAAAUUAGCUCUUUCGAUUAGGCUAUAGAAAAUUGCAAUAUUUUAUUCACUAAACAACCCAAUUAUACCUUUGUUCUGGAGACGAUACCAUUUUGCACUUGGAAAUCACUGAAGCUCGCUUUUACAGAGCUUACGAAAGCAGCGCAAGCACCUUCCGAUAUUUACAAUCGAAGUGUUACUUUGACAGAUGGUUUUGCGCCGUACAAAAAAAUAUCGAAAAUAUGUAUGUUUUGACGUAUAAGCCCGUGUGCGAUACGUAUAGUGACACAAAACAAAUCAACUUAUGAACGAAAAAUGAUUAUGGCUAACAAAAGCUUGCAAUAUUAAUUCCCAGGUAACCACUAAGCACUGUUCUGAGCAUUAUAACGGCCAUUAAACAGCUUUUCAGUGGUAAGUAGCUCUAUAUAAGCAUUCCUAAUGCUUAUAGGCACUAUAACCAGUAAGAACCAAAUUAAGCCCUGUAAGCCUAUAUAAAGCCUACAAGCUGUAAUGAAGUUUGUCAGUGCUGUCACAGGGCUUGGAGCACAUGACGUUUAUAUCAAUCAAAAUAGAUUUCGACCAAAACAGACUCGAGUCGGUCAUGAUCAAUACAUUUUAAACAUCCAUGUCGGACGGAAUUGACGAAACGGGAUUAUUUUUGUUGUUGGCAUGUUUAUCGGAAUGGGGUUGUUAAAUAGAUAAUGGAAUUUGGUUAUCUUGAUUAUUCCAUUUUUUUCAAUCAAGACAAACUCCAGCUCGUUUCCCUCUUCUUGUGAAACGUUUCCCGACCAUUUAUUGUCUAUCCGGUUGGAAUCAAGACAGUCAUUCAAUCAAAAAUUGCCAUUUUCUUGGUCCACAAGUGUCGCAACUGUUUCGCAUCUAGUGCGCUGUGUUGCUAAGAACAACGACAAAGAUGCGCACUACUUUUGACAUAAUUCAAAAACGUCGCGAGUUGGGUCGUGUCGCGACUUGAUUGUGCGCGGUCCGGUUUGGUGGCGGCCCGACAAUAUCACGGUGUGUCUGGUGGACAACAUUAAUUUAAAAAAAUCGGUAUCGCUAAGACACCCACCAAACGAAAGCUAAGGGUCCCCCCUUUCAUGUGAGACUUAAAGGAGAAAGUUCUAUCGGCGGGUCUAGAACAAUUUUUUUUUUUUGAAAAAAGAUUGAUAUUUUUUCAUUUUUUUCGAAGAACACAUUUCUGACAAAACACUGUUUUUCCAUUGCAAGCAUGAUUUUCCGACGAUAUAUUUUUAUAUUAUGUUUAUUAUUCUUCACAUAAAAGCACAAUAGUACCAUGUGAAUGGGAAAUCCAGGCGAUGACAGUUUUGUGUUUAUGGACAGUGUGGUGAAAGUACUAGAACAUUGAGUAUAAAAUCGAGUGAUAUGCAGUUCCUUUGAUUUCCAAUCUAGAUUCCAAUAAUGUGUUUGCAUCCUAUGACAGAUGCAUAUACGUCUUUAGGGUCUCGUAUUUGACUGGCACCAGCAGGUCACCAAUCGACCACCUUUACAGUAUAUACCGUCAUUUGGUUCUUCAGAUUUGUGCUCUUGAAAUUUCGGGGUGUGACUUCGUCAUAUAUGCUCCUAAAACAGCUUCUCAACUUCAAUGCGCGUCUGGUACUCAAGACACAUGUUUUCUUUCGCCUUCUUCUUCUUCUUCUUCUUCUUGGCGAAACGUCCCUACAGGGACAACGCAUGCUUCUUAGCUUGUUCUAUGAGCACUGUAGGAGAUGUAAUAAGAAUAAAUGAAAUUGUUUGAUUUGUUUGAAAUUUUCUUAUUUUAUCUCCUACAAGCACUUUCACAGUUUUUAACUAAAAACUUCUUUUGCCAAAUACUUUUGUGUGACAUGCUCGAAAAUACUACAUGCUCAUUUAAGUCGAGGAAAUUUCCUUCACGAAAAGGUCCUGGACUGACCGGGAAUCGAACCCGUCAUCCUCAGCAUGGUUGUGCUGGGUACUCACGCCUUUGCAGAUGUGGCUUUAUGGGCACUUUUCGUUAUCAAAAACAAAUCAUCGGUGAACAAAAUCGGUUUACUGUUCAGGUCACUCGUUGACGCCGGUUUCUAUCUGGAUGGUAGUUCAUGAAUAUUUGAGAGCUUCAUCUGAUCUGCCUGAUCUCUGGGUUUAACCCGCAAAUAUUCAGCAACCGCAGCAACUUUAUGAGAAGUCUGAAUGAUGUUCAACCUGUUUCAAUGUACUUCAGCUUCAGUGCAAACAAGCUGCUUGCCUUUGAUCAUUUUCCUGUAGCAUCUAGAACACAACCGCAACGAGAAAUUUCUUUCUGCGUCAUCGGUAGUAGCGCUAGAUUUGCCACGUUUGCCCAUUAUGAGAAGUAGUAGUUCUUGCAGAACAACAUAUUUCACAAAUAAGGGCCGCAACUCCAUGUAGAAGGUUUCAAAUAAUAUGUAAGCUCAUAGAGAGUAAAUCUAAUGGGUAUAUUCGCCACCAUUGAAUGGGAUAAAUUUAAAAGAGCAAGUCCGAACUUUUUUGUGGGGUAGUACUAACUGCUAUCUCUGAUAUCUUUCAGAAAAAAAGUUUUCAUAAUAUCAACAACCUGCAAGUAGAAACAAGACAAGUAGAAACAGACAUACAGGGGAUGGCCAAAAUGUUUGGGAUAGGCAACUUUUUUUUCUCUCACAAAAAAGGUCAACAUGCUAUAACUUUUCAUAGAGUGCAUCAAAAAUUCUCAAAUUUUGACUGUUUGUCAACCUAUUAUAUGUGCAUCAUUGGUACAAAUUUGGGCCUGAUUGAUUAAUGUUUCGCAAAGUUAGAACCAUUCGCGUAAAAUACUAUUUUUUAGACAACUCAAUUUUGAGCUGUCAUAUCUCGGAAACCAGUGAACCGAAUUGAAUGAAAUUUUGAACGUACACAAACAAAAUGUAUGUGCUUCACAAACUAUCAAAACAUAGGUACUUUCUAAACGUUGAAAAAUAUUAUCAUGGAUUGACACUUUUUGGAUUUUUCUCGAAAAAAUGUGAUUUUUUUACAUCAAUGUCAAUAAAUUUUAGUGUUGAUAUCCAAAGAUUUUCCACUUCUGUUCUCAAGUUAUCUCUAAUCAGAUAUAUUAGAGCCUGUUUAGAAGGAAGAAAGAACACAUUUAGUAAUUUUUGUGUGGUAUUGUAAAUUUGACUUAUUUUCCUCAAUAUGGGUAAAAAUUUCAAUCCGGUAUAACUUAAUUCGUCGUUAGAAAAUAUUUCAUUUUAUAUCGUCGUAUUAAGUAUCAAAAUAUUGUUGAUAAACGUUAAAAAAUUCAUUCAAUUCGGUUCACUGGUUUCCGAGAUAUGACAGUUCAAAAAUGAUAUGUCUAAAAAAUAGUGUUUUACUCGAACGGUUCUAACUUCACGAAAAAUUAAUCAAUGGAGCCCAAAUUUGUACCGAUGAUGCAUAUAUAAUAGGUUGACAAACAGUCAAAAUUUGAGAUUUUUUGAUGCACUUUAUGAAAAGUUACAGCAUGUUGAAUUUUUUUGUGAGAGAAAAAAAGUUGCCUAUCCCAAACAUUUUGGCCAUCCCCUGUAUGUACUUUAAUGUAAAACAUGUAUAUAUGUCAAUAAAGCUGUAGAAAUGAAUGAAAAGUUGCUAACUCGUCUAUUAUGCCAUGAUGCUAGCAGAAGAUGUGGAGCGGACCUGGUGUGAUGGUUAGAACACUUGACUAUCACGCCGAGGACCUGGGAUCGAGUCCCACUCCCGACAAACUCGCAAAAUGUGAGUUCUUCCUUCGGAAGGGAAGUGAAGCGUGGGUCCCGAGAUGAACUAGCCAAGGGCUAAAAAUCUCGUUAAUACAGAUUAAAAAAAAAUAGCAAAAAAACAAACUAUUGAUAACCGACAGAUUAGCACAUUGUUCUUACUACAUAUACCGUUAGACAUGUAGCAUUAAUUAUUCUGUUUUUGUCAGUAGAGUAAGGCUACCUGUUCACAAAGGUAUACUGUUACCAAUAUUUUUUACUGAACAAAUCUAAAACAGUAAACAUCAACUGCUUUCGAUGAUAAUUGUGGCGGAAAAACAUUUCUUCAAACACAAAACGUACUCUUUGGUUUGGUUUUCCUCGUCACUUAGGGGGUUCUUGUCGUAGUU